CCGCAGUUAUCAGGUUAGUGUUCGCCGCGGCGCUGGGGCUCGGGAUUCCGAGCGGCGCUGGUUGAGCCCUCAAAGUCCCUCAUUACCGCGCGGGCUGAGGGGGGGUCUGCGGCGGUGUCACCACACGGAGCGGAGCCGGGGACAGCGAGCGCCUCCCGCCAGCCGCGGCCAUGGACAUGAAGAAAAGGAUCCACUUAGAGCUGCGGAACAGGACGCCCUCAGAUGUUAAGGAACUUGUUCUUGACAACUGUAGGUCAUACGAAGGCAAAAUUGAAGGCCUCACAGAUGAGUUCGAAGAGCUGGAAUUCUUGAGUACAAUCAACGUAGGCUUAACCUCAGUUGCAAACUUACCAAAGUUAAACAAACUUAAGAAGCUCGAGCUAAGUGACAACAGAGUCUCAGGAGGACUGGAAGUGUUGGCAGAAAAGUGUCCAAACCUCACGCAUCUAAAUCUAAGUGGCAACAAAAUAAAAGAUCUUGGUACAAUAGAACCUCUGAAAAAGUUAGAAAACCUGAAGAGUUUAGAUCUUUUCAAUUGCGAGGUAACCAACUUGAAUGAUUAUAGAGAAAACGUAUUCAAGCUCCUCCCACAACUCACAUACCUCGAUGGCUACGAUCGGGAUGACAAAGAAGCACCAGACUCUGAUGCAGAGGGCUACGUGGAGGGCUUGGAUGACGAGGAGGAAGAUGAAGAUGUCUUAUCUCUAGUGAAAGAUCGGGAUGACAAAGAAGCACCGGACUCUGACGCAGAGGGCUACGUGGAGGGCUUGGAUGACGAGGAGGAAGAUGAAGAUGAAGAGGAGUAUGAUGAUGAUGCUCAGGUAGUAGAAGAUGAAGAGGAUGAGGAGGAAGAAGAGGAAGGAGAAGAGGAGGACGUAAGCGGAGAGGAAGAGGAGGACGAGGAAGGCUAUAAUGAUGGUGACGUAGAUGAUGAUGAAGAUGAAGAAGAACCCGAUGAAGAACGGGGACAGAAGAGGAAACGAGAACCCGAAGACGAAGGAGAUGAAGAUGACUAAACUGAAUAACCUAUUUUGAAAAUUUCCUAUUGUGAUUUGACUGUUUUUACCCUGUAUUUCCCCUCCCCACACCCCCAACCUUUUUUCUUUUAUUUUUUUCUUUUAUUUUUUUUUUUUCCUCCUGAUUGUAAUGUUGCUGUGGGAAUGAGAGGAAGAAGCAGACCGGGUGGGCAAGGGAAUAAAAUACUAUUUUUACUGCCA